UUCCGUCCCAGGCCAGUUCGCCUGGAGCUGACUGCCGUUAUGUACAGUCCUUCCAGCCGCACUUGGCCAAGGUUUUGAUCUUGUAUAAGACCUUCUUCUCACCAGUGUCGUGGAAGAUAUUGUUCCAGAAAGUCAAGGUCACUGAGUUUCAAUGUAAUAACUUCAACGAGCAAUCUUAUUUGUUGCUCUGAACAACGGCCAUGUCUUCUCCUGGUUCUAGCCCUGAUCAUGGGGGGACUUCCACUCAUUCUCGAGUCAAUCCUCUGGAUAACUUUAUACCUCGACAAUCCCAGCUGGCUCGUUUUCAGCAGGAACACCCCCAAGACGGCAAUAUACUCGUGCCUCUCUCCCACAAUCCUCGGGACUUGAAAUCUGCCAUCGAUCAUCACAAAGGUCGUGCUACCCGAGCCAUCAAGUCUUUCCAGAAGAGCUUUAUGAAAGCUAUGUCAGACGAUUCAACCAAUCCACCAACCGAAAAGACCAGCUCCACUGGAGUAAACCACAACAGUAGCUGAAGUCGGGCUACUAGCACAAGUGCUGAAGCGGGAAGCUUCAAUUGUUUCAGACAAAACGUUUCACCUAGAUCGCUGCUCACGCAGUUGAUAUCAAAGAAGCGCGGAACAGAUUUUCUAAGAGUCAGGAAUGCGAACUGCAGGUGGAUCUGCACGUGUAAAGAUAUAUUCAGCCAUGAGGACGGAG